GUCUGGUCCAAGAUUGGGCGGUGCACCACAACACAACCCACCGCAGUACUUCAAAACGCCCUCGGAAAACUCUUCUUCUGUCCAAAAACGAACUUCUUAGCCGCAUCAGGACAAUUCAGGAGCCCGAUAAUAUCCAUAUCAUCACUGCAAGAUGAAAGGGUUCACCAAAGCAAUCAAGCGCACGCCCCACCUUGUCACAUCUAAAGUUGGCUUCGCGAAGAAGUCUUCUGAUCCCGAAUUCGACGACUACAAUCGCCAUUUCAUCAGCCUCGAGCAAGCCACAGAGAAGUUGCUUAAAGAUACCAGGGCAUUCUCGGAAAACGUCAUAUCCCUCUUCACUUCUUCUGCGGGUUUUGCCAACCAUUUCAAUUUUAUAUUCUCUCCAUUGGCUGCCGAGUAUAACUUGCAAGGCAAGCAUCCCUCCUGCGAGGCAACUAUCACAAACACUCCUCCGUACGCAACUGCUCUCGACGAACUUCGUUCUGCGAUCUCCCCUGAACUCGAGCUCAUCGAUUCACGAAUUGUUGCGCCCGUGAAAGAGUUCCAGGGUGUCCUCAAGCUGAUCAGGAAGAGCAUCACUAAACGCGACCAUAAGCUGGUGGAUUAUGAUCGGUUCAAUAACUCACUUACUAAAUUGAGGGACAAGAAAGAGAAGAACUUCGAGAUUGCCACAAAUGAGUAUGAUUACAUUAACAACGCGCUCAAGACAGAUCUCCCGCGGCUUAACGUUUAUUAUCUUUUCCUUGAGAAAAUGAAUUCAUUCGCGGAGGGUCGAUACGACGUUACCAACGCCCCUGGCGCUCAAAUCCAGGCUGACUAUGAAGAGAAGCGAACGGAUGCAUGGAGUCAAAUUGAGGAUCUUAACAUCACCAAGCGCAUCAUAUCGACCUCGAAAUUUGUGCAAGCUAAUCGCGCCACUGGUGGCAAUUCGUUGACUGUUGGUUCUUCCAUCGGUCGCUCACCCAGCAUCGCAAGUGCUGGCAGUGGGAGCAGCCGCUCAAUGCCACCAUCCCGAGCAGCGCCUACAUCUUCCUUUACCAAGAAGGCUCCGCCACCACCGCCAGGCCAGACACCCGCACCUCCUCCCCCAUACUCUGCGCCUUCAAAUGAUGUGGGAGCUGCAGCAAAGAGGCCGCCUCCACCUCCGCCGGUGAAACCCAAACCAAAGCCAGAGCCAGCAGUAGAGUACGUUACAGCCUUGUAUGAUUUCGAUGCCCAGGCUGAAGGAGAUCUUUCUUUUAAAACUGGCGACCGCAUCGAAAUUAUGACCAAGACAGAGAGUCAGGAAGAUUGGUGGACAGGUCGUCUUAAUGGCAACCAAGGUGUAUUCCCAGGCAACUACGUACAGUGAUAUGAAGACGGAUAUUGACGGUUGAGUAUUAAUUGAGUAGUAGCUUACAUUUUCGGGACAUUCCUGCUAGGGACAGCCGCAUCAGGCAUCUUGCCCAGCCAAAGGGGGCUUCACGCUGACAGUCUUUCCCGUUACCCCAGGUUACCCCUUAUCUGCACUUCUGGCAGGGUCAUAUCCUUUAAGCAAGCGUGCUCCAGCCGAUCGUUACUCCGAUCUUCAUGGAGAUAUUUCUGGCUUGCUAGAUUGGCGCUGCAUUGCUCUCACCUGCGGAUCCAGCAUGUGACAUGCGGAAGGAACUUGAACGUUACAAUUGCAUUGGCGAGAAUCAGAGACAACGCAUAGCAACUAGGCGUUCGGUUGCGAACUUCCGACGGUUAUCUGAUAUGCAGUAAUUGACCAGUGCUUGAAUUUGGAUUUCUG